AAUCGACCCUCCUUCAUUUCCGUAUCCAAGUGUUCCUCAUUGUUGGCGGUAGAGCUCAUCUGAGAUCGUUAAGUGAAGAAAACAAUGAUCUGGGUGGUGACCAAGGAGAGUGCUUGCGGGCAGAGGGAGUGGUGAAUGCAGAGUGCGGAGUGGUCUAUCUACAUUCUUCUCAAUGGCAGAGACUUCUAUAACUACACUUUGGCCAUGGAAGAUUCUGUUUUUCUCACUAGGACGGUCAAUGUUGGAGUGACUGCUUUAGUUACCGAUGCAGCAACAGCAAUAUUUGGAGAAGUUGGUGUUAGGGCAACAAUUGGAGUUGCUAUUUUGCUUCUUACUGAGAUCACUCCAAAAAGUAUAGCUGUUCACAAUCCCACGGAGUUGGCUAGAUCUGGGGUCAGGCCAGUGGCAUGGCUUUCCUUGAUACUAUAUCCAGUGGGAAGAAUUGUUACUUAUUUAUCAAUGGGAAUGCUUAAAUUACUUGGUCUAAAAGGGAAAAGUGAGCCUUAUGUUACUGAAGAUGAAUUAAAGCUGAUGCUAGGUGGGGCAGAGUUGAGUGGAGCAAUAGAGGAGGAAGAGCAGGAUAUGAUUGAAAAUGUAUUAGAGAUAAAGGAUACUCAUGUUAGAGAGGUAGAGACACCCCUUGUUGAUAUGGUUGCAAUUGAUGCAAGUGCAACUCUUGUUGAUUUCCAACAUCUGUGGGUGACUCACAAGGUACGGAAUUGGUAAUUCAUCUCCAAGGUUUUGUCUCCUUCAAGAAACUUGUUGAAAGAUUUCUAUUUACAGGGUACCUGUUUUUGAGUAGCGUGUUGACAAUAUAGUUGGCAUUGCAUA